GAUGAAGAUUGGUCGGACUCGGACUCGGAGGCUGGAUCAGAGGUCGAGACAUCUGUUCUCCUGGGUGUUCCAGAUGGUUUUAUAGAAGCACCAUCUGAUGCCAAAGACGCUGCUGUAUCUAGGAUAGGAGGGGUGCCUGCACUUCUCCCUUCGCCUGAGCCAUCCUUUGAGUCAAGUCAUUGUAAACACUGCCAAAGUCCCAUGGAGCUGCUCGUGCAGAUGUGGUGUCCGUUCGAGGACAGCCCGUACGACAGAGCGCUGUACAUCUGGGGAUGUGCGAUGAGCGCGUGCCAGAGAAAGGAGGGCAGCGUCAGGGCAUGGAGAGGGUUAAGAUUCAAUGCCAAGUUCGCAGAAAAACUAGAGAGGAAGCUUGCGGCAAAAAAGGAGAAGGAGAAGGAAAAGGCCGCUGCUCUCGCCAAGUCCAAAGAAACAAAAACGAAUCCAUUUUCGGUUCAGUUGAACUCAAGCAACCCAAGCAAUCCUUUUGGCCUCGGCUCUAAUAUUUUCGGCAGCAUUCCCUCUUCCGAACCUGUCGCUGAGCCGGCCUCUACAGCAGAUGCACAGGACAAUGAAGAUGAUGAGGACGCCAGUGACUCAGAAUCGACUUCGUCAGCGUCAUCUCUCAUCGUGGCUAUGGCCUCGACGGCAUUGUCAGACUCGCCAUGGCUCAGUGCCCCGUCGUAUCCUCCGCAAUAUCUGUCCACGGUGUCGGAGUAUAUCCCUCCAAUAAAAAAGCCCAAAGUAUCUGCCCAAUCUGGUGGCGAUGUAGAGGAAGAUGGCAAUAAGCAAGACGCGUGGGCAUCGGAGAAGUACGAAAACUCGAUGGAGAUCGACCAAGUCUUUGACAAGUUCAGUAAGAGAUUAUCUAUAGAGGCACAACAAUGCGUCAGAUAUGAUCUCGGCGGGACUCCACUGCCUUUUACAAAGGACGCGGUCUUCAACAAGCUAUUUCCUUCUCCUACAGAAGAUCCGAGCAUCACCAUUGUCACAAAAUCCGAAUUCAAAGUUCAAUCCUCAGUGCAGCGCACGUACGACGCCAAAACCAUCCCUCCUUGCACUCAUUGCGGUAGCAAGCGGGUUUUCGAGUGUCAGCUUAUGCCCAACCUUAUCAACGUGUUGAGGGACGUUGACCGUGUCGCUGAGGAGGCGAAACAAAAAAAGAUGAGCGACAACGAGCGGAGACAAGAAGUAGAGCGACUGCUGAAAGGCGGCAUGCCCAGUGGUGGCAGAGGUAUGGAAUGGGGCACGAUCAUGGUUUUUUCGUGUGAAAAAGAUUGUUGUGAGUCGAGAAAGGAUGGGUGGAAGGAGGAAAGAGUAUUGGUGCAGUGGGAA